UCCCGACCCUACUUUUUUUUAAAAAAACAAUCAAUCAAUCAAUUAAUCAUUCAAGAUCCAUCGAUUUCGACGGAUCUUUAUUGAAUAAAAAUUCGUCGAAAUCGACGGAUCUUGAAUGAUUGAUUGAUUGAUUGAUUGAUUGAUUUUUUAAAAAAAAUUAGGGUCAGGAGCAGGGCGAGACGGAGGAGGACGAGGAGGAGAUGAAAGACGAGUAGGAGGUGGAAGAGGAGGGGGAGGAGGAGGAGGAGGUGAUGGAGGAGGAGGAAAACAAGCGGGAGGUAGAAGAGGCGAUGGAGGAGGAAGGAGACGAGCAGGAGGUGGAAAAGGAGGAGGGGGAGGAGGAGGAGGAGGAGGAGGAAGAGGAAGAGGAAGAGGAAGAGGAAGAGGAAGAGGAGGAGGAGGAGGAGGAGGACAAGGAGGAGGAAGAGGAGGAGGAGGCAAUGAAGGGAGAAGAGGAGCACGAGAAGGAGGAGGAGAAAGACGCAAUGGAUGAGGAGAGGGGAGGAGGAGGAGGAGGAGAAAGAGUUGAUGGAGGAGGAGGAAGAGGAGGAGGAGAAGGAGGAGGAGGAGGAGCACGAGAGAAGGACAAACAACGUCGGGACGAGGAGGAGGAGGAGGAGGAGGACAAGGAGGACGAGGGGGAAGAUGAGGAAGAUGAGGAAGAUGAGGAAGAUGAGGAAGAUGAGGAGGAAGAGGAGGACGAAGCCGAGGAGGAGGAGGAGGAGGAGGAGGAGGAGGAGAAAGGGGAAGUCGAGGAAGAGGAGGAAGACGAGGAGGAAGGGGAGGAGGAGGAGAAAGACAAGGAGGAAGAGGAGGAAGAAGAGGAGGACGAGGAGGAGGACGAGGAGGAAGAGGAGGAGGAGGCGAAAGACGAGGAUGAGGAGGAGGAGGAGGAGGUGGAAGACGAGGAGGAGGAGGAGGUGAAAGAUGACGAGGAGGAGGAGGAGGAGGGAAGGAGGAGGAGGAAGAGUAGGAAGAGGAGACUCACCUUAGUGACGGGUAGAGGAGCAGCUCCCGGUGAUGGCUCGAGCGGCGGUGGCUAUGGAACAAUGCGGCGGGGCAGCAGGGCAGCGAGUGGCGGGGCAGCGGGCCAAUGAGUAGUGGGGUGGCGGGGCAACGGUGCU